AAUAUGGUGGAAGAUAAUGGUCGUAGUGGCUUGCCUGUCGGUGGUGCAUUUUCCUCAAUAAUUGGUGUCAUGCACUUAUGAAAGAAAUACAAAAUACUGUAAAAUUGGUAUAACAAACAAGUUUUAACAAAAUUGUGAGGAAUUUCCAUGGAAAUGCAUAUUUUUUAGAUUAAACAUAAUGUCAAAUGGAUCUGGUUCUGCCGAGAAUGUGAGAUUUAUGUCAUUUAAAUGUCCUGACACAUCUGCUUUGAGUAAAAAGACCAGAGGACAUAGUGAGAGACAACCAAGCACUUAUGUUUUGAUCCUAAAUAAAGAUGCUGAAAACCAGGGUUCAAAUGAUAGUUCAUCACAACAUUCAGAUCGGCAAAAACAAGGAGCACAAGAUGCAAUCAGUGUCUUGAAGAACAAGUCAAGAUCAAGGGUAACAUUUUGUUCAAAUGAUAGUUUGAAGCUUAAUUUGACAAAUGGAUUUGAUGACUAUGACAGCUCUAGUUCUUCCCAGAAUGUGUUUAAAGAUGAUACAGAGGAAGCAAAGGAUGAGGGGUUUGGAGAAGCAACCAAAGUAAUCAGGUUGAAAAUACCCAGUUCUCUACAGAAAGCAAUGCAAAUAAGUCAGAGACUAAAUGCCCAAAGACUCUUAGCUGAGACUUCCACUACAAAACAGGGUGCAGUAAAAGAGCAGAUAAAUUCAGCAAACAAGUCUUCCUCUCAUGCAGAAUCAGGAUACUUAUCAGCUAAUAGUAGCUGCUUAUCAAAAGAAUCCUUUGAGACACCUAAUUCUGUUUUUCUGCCAGCUCAUCAUCAAACAGCAAGGCAGAUUUUCUACAAAUCAUCCGCUGACUCAUCGAAAGGAAAUCACCUUCAAAACAGCCCUUCAUAUCUGAAACCAUCACCCAUGUCAUCACUGUCCUCAGGAUUACAGAAUGUUGCUGUUUUUCAGUCAUCGCCUUUAAUUUCACCUUCACCAGGAGUUCAAAGUUCAAUGAGUUUACAGAGAACAUCAACACCAAGAUCAGGAUAUGUGGUGGAAUCGAAAGACGGUCAGAAAUUUGUGUUACCGGUUGAUCCUCAGCAAACAAAAACUGUUUCAGUAUCCAAAUCUGACUCCUGUAUAAAUAUAAAGCCACUGGAUGUGGCUCAGUUUUUACCAAACUCAAACAAUAAAGCCUCACAUGGCUGGUCCGCGGUUAGCAAUGCCAGUGUCAGUCCAAUUCACUCAAGUGAGACGGUGAAGACUCAGGAAAAUUUAAAUUUUCAUCAAGGUGAUAAGACCAAAGUGAAAAAUUCAUCCACAGUUUCAAAUAAAGAAAAUUAUCCUGCAAAUCAGACAGAAAGUAGCUCUUCCUCAGUUUUUUCAAAGGAGAAAGUUGGCGAUGUUGUGAUAAAAUAUGCAAAGUUAGAAGACAAUGAGAAUGUUGUUAAAGUGGAAGUGGAGGAUAAAGAUUUUCCUGUCGAAAUUCCAAAUUCUCAAGGCUCUGCAGAUGAUGUACCAGAUUCACAGGAGUCUACAGAGAAAGAAUCCCUAAAUGAUUCCUUGACCAAUAUCCAGUGGUUGGGAGGAAUGCAGCUGAAGGAGGACGGGAAACCACAGAUGCCCCCCACUCAGAACAAAAAAGACACUGCUAUACAAUGGAGAUGUCUAAGUCAUUCAGAAGUUCUAAAAAUUGCUAAGGAGUAUGGGAGGGCAAAGAGACCUCCAUUUUCCUACAUGACCCUGAUCCAGAUGGCCUUGAAUAGCAGGGAGGACAAGCGGAAGACCUUGCGUGAAAUAUGCAAAUGGAUUGAGGAAAUCUUCCCUUAUUACAAACACACAGCAAAACCUGGUUGGAAGAACUCCAUCCGACACAAUCUGUCCCUGUACAGUAUAUUUGAAAGAGAGAAGUCCAAGAAACAUGGCUCCUACUGGACGAUACGUGAGGACUGUCCAGAAAAAUCUAAAGUGGUUCCAUCGAAGGAGAAAAAAGAUGUGCCGACCUCUCUCUCCAAUUAUCCUGUGUUCCUUCCACACCAAGCACCAAAGAUCCCCAAACUACCAAUCCCACCCCACCACAGGAACAACCCAGAGGGACUCAAAAGAAGUCUUCAGCCAAUAUUACCCCGCCCACAUUCCUAUGGCUCAUCUCUGCAGACUUUUGCUCUUAUCCCAAUACAGAGCAUGAAUCAACCCCAGGGAAUGUCCAGCACCCAGGGGCAACCCAUGCUGAUCCAGGUGCCAUCCAACCCCCCACCAUUAGCUCAGGACUUUCAGAAAGAAUCAGAUGCAUCUUUAAGUAUAGAGAAAGGUGACAAGAAAAUUGAACACAGUAAGAAAAAGAUAAUCACUAUUGCUCCAAAAAUUUCUUCACCAAACAUUGUCGAGCAAGCCUGGAUAAAUGCCCAGUCUCUCAGUGACAACGAGAAGAGAACCGAAACGAUUGGUAAUACACUAAAUACAGACACAGUUGACUUAAGUGCCAAACGAAAGAAACAGAACAAUGGGCUACCCAAGCCUAAGAUCUACCCUCAAUCUAAUCCACAGAAAAGGCAACGGUCUCGCAGAAAACAAAAACUGGUUCCUAAAGAACGUGACCUUUUGAAUGAUAGUUCUGAUGAUAACGACAAUGAUGUGAAGGAAUUUAUAAAUAAACUAGAGCAAGAUUUACCGACUCCGCUGAGGGCAAUCCUAGAUGGCAAUGAGUCAGACAAAGUGACAACGUCGACCCCAAUGAAGAAUACCACUGGUUCCCCCAACCUUCCGUCUCCCAUUAAGGGCAUCACUCCUCUUAAGGGAGUUAGUCUGCUGGAUUCCAGUUUUCUGGACGGCUUCAAAGAUUUGGAAGAUGGCAGAAAUCCUUUUGGUUCACCAAAUUUUAUGUUGAAUAUGAAGAAAAUGUCCCCUUCUCUUAUGCGCAGUCCGAAUGCCUCUCAGUUUGACAAUCUGUUUUCUGGAUUGACUCCAAUAAAAGGAGAUUUGAACUCCAGUAACAAUGAGAAUUUAUCAAGAAUAUUAGGUGAAUUUCCCUUGGAUGGAAUCGAAUCAGAAGAUGAAAUGUUAACUAACAAUCUUUCAAAUAUGAAUUGGAGUGCAAUAUGUCAGAAUAUCAACUCAACACCAAGUGGAAAGAAUUAGAUUGGAAGUGUUGUAAGGUGUUUAUGUUAAUAUGUGGCAAGUUAAUGUGUACAUCUAAGUAUGAAUGUGUUCAGUGGCAUUGACUUACAUGUAUGUGUGUGGUUGAAUCUUAAGCCAAGUAUUAUCAUAUCUAAAAUUGUAAAAUUGCUCAAUUGUUUAAUACCAAAUACUACUUUUUGUUUCAUCUUGCUUGUGAAGAAGAUUUUCAACCUAGUGGAUAGAAAGCAACCAUAGAAAAAGUUAUUGAAUGCCAAUUUUAUGUUGUGCAAUAUUAUCUUAUAGUUGGGCUGUGUUGUAAAAUCACUGGCAUUUGGGAGCAUAGACCCAGAAUCAAUCAUCCAAUUACCACCUCCUUCCUUUUUUUUUCUUUGAAAUCUGGAAUUCACAUUAUUUUUCUUUUCAUACAUGAGAGAAUCAGUUGAAAAUGAAAACAUAAAAACAGUUCCUAAGAGAUUAAAAAGGGAUACAUAGUUAUAAUGCAUAUCAGAAUACACAAAUAGAAAAAAAAUUGGUAAAUUCCAAAUUAUUGGAAAUGGUUGCCAAGUGCCUGUGAGAAAAAUAACGGAGAAUAUUGUAUGAAUGUAACUGCCUGAAUCCCUUUAAUGUGCACAUUUUCAUUUAUAAAUGCAAAAUAUUUUUGUUUCCAAGUCUAAUGUAUUUUGUAGCUUUUUUUUCUAGCAGGUAAUCCAAGAAAACUUAAUAUUUUAUUUUUUUGUAUUAUUUUUAAUGCUUACAAGAUACCUGUAUAUUAUGUAGGUACAGGUAUAGGUUCAGUUUUUUGAUUUAUUAAUAUAAGCAUUCCUUGCUAUUGGGAACAUUCAUUUUUAUUCUCACUACACACUUUAUAUUUGAAAACAUAUAGAUAUCCUUUAUAUUUCUUUCACAAGACCCUGUUGCAGUAGUUAAUAAGCACAUUAUAAAUUGGGUAGUUUAAAAUAUUUUUUUAUAAAAAUAUUAAUACUGCAGUGAUUUUCAGUAUUUUAUUAGUAGAAAUCUUUAUACAGGUCUAGGUCUUUUUAAAGAAAACUUCAUAUGUUCAGGUUUAUGGGUAAAUAUAAUUCAUCUAAAAUCAAAUUUAUUUCAUAAAAGAUAUUAAUACAGUUGAACUUUGGUACAUGUAUCUUGAACUCUGAUAUCUCAAAUACCAUGGAUAUGUCAAAGUGAUUUAGAAGUCCCAACCACAUAUUCUUUAAGAUUUAACCUUCAAUAUCUUGAAUCCUCAGAUAUCUCAAAGUUUUUUCUCAGCCCCAUCAGGUUCAAGAUAACGAAGUUUGACUGUAUGAAUUCUAUUCUGGAUAAAAUGAUAUCUUUUUAGCUCCUCUGAGCCAAAAGUCCAUGUCUAUAGCUUCUUUGAUUACUCUGCCUCUAUUUUGUAAACUUUUCACAAUGUUUUUUUUUUCAGGAAUCACUGAAAUUUAGCAUUAUCAUUUUACAUUUACAUUUAAUUUAGGAUUUUUCUGUUUUGAAAAAAAAAAAUCAAAUACAGAGUAGAACUUGUCAACUCCAGACACCAUGAUAGGUUCCAAAUAAAUUCAGACAAAACUCUGCAUUAGACAGCAUUUAAAAAAAAAAAAGAAAAAAAAAAAUAAGAGGAUAGCAGUUCCCAUCAUUAUAGGCUUACACAACAUUAGAAUAGGGCUAGUUUUACUUGACUGAUGAGUUUUAGGGAAUUCUAUCUGAAAUGAUUGAUUGUUUUGUGACUGAGUGAGUUGUUGUUGAUGACUGCUUUCUUUGUUAUCUUACUGUCUUUGUGUUAGAGAUGAGAAAUGUGAUAUAUUACAGUGUGAAAUAAACACAUCUGAUCAGCA